AAGAAAAGAAAAAGAAAAAAAAAAUGCUAAAUAAACCCUAAAUUCCCAAUUCCCAAAGUUGAACAACACUUUUUUUUCCCCCCGCUCUCUCUUCUCAGUGAUCGUCCCCACCAAACACCACACCCCCCCUCCCCCGCUCCUCCUCAAUUUCGAUGUCGACCUAUUUUAAUGCUUGAUCGAACACACGAAUGCAUUAUUACUCUUCAUCUCUCCCUAGACCUUGAAAAUCUCGGGGAUUAUUAUGGGUUGCUUUUGGGGUUGCUUCGGUGGCCGGAAGAAUCGCCGGCGUCAGAGACGCAGGGAAGAAUCCGAUCAAGCUAGAGAAAACAAACUCUCUGUGGAAUCUGCGAAAUCUGAUCAUGUGAAUGUUAGAUUCCCCACGGUUGACGAAAUCCCGAAAGCUUCUGUGAUUCCUAUCAGUACUGAGAUUUGUGACGAGGCUGAAGUGAAACGCAGUCCAAGCCCGACUAGGAAGAGAGUCACAUUUGACUCUAAAGUCAAAACCUAUGAACACAUUGUGGUUGAAGUUAACCUCUCGGAAGAGAACACAGAAGAAGUCAAAUCUGAAGAGAGGCCAUUGGAGUCUACCAAGACUGAUAAGUCUUCUUCUUCUGAGAUCGUUGACGUUGUUGCCUCAAACUCCUCAGAUUCGUAUCCUUCAAACCACAGAUACAAGAACUGCAGAGAAAGCGAUGACGACUUAGAGGAGGAUCAGUUAGAUUGCAGUGAAAGCGAUUUCGAUGAAGAUGAAGAAUAUUACAGUGAUGUUGGAUUUAGUGAUGAUAACUUGCAUAACCCGAUCAAAGAAGUUUAUACUGAAGAGACUGAGGAGAUUGAGGCACAACUGAGAAGUUCUGUUGAAAGUGUUAAAAAAGGAAACCACUAUGAUCCCCAAGGAGUACUUAACCCGGUUGAGAAUCUCACUCAGUGGAAAUCCGCUAAAUCCAAAGGGAGAACAAUGCAGAAACAGUCUCAAAAGGAGAACUCUAACUUCAUCUCAGGUCAACAAGAAAAAAGGGACUCCUCUUCUUUAGGCACAGACCCGCAGAAUGAUAAUAUAACACUCAGCUUCAAACCCAAGAAACUGAGAAACGAAGACGUGGCCAUUGAUGCUAGCCUUUCAACAUGGCUCUCAACAUCUGAGACAGGUAGUGACUGCAACAGCGUCUAUAUGUAUACCUCUACACCCGAGAAACACAAGUCUAGCUACUCAUCAAAACCGGUUAGAAUCAACCAUGAUGAUAGACCUGUACUAUGCGCAUUGACACUGGAGGAUAUCAAACAGUUCUCGGCUUCAUCUACGCCCAGGAAAUCACCGAGCAAGAGCCCUGAUGAGACACCUAUUAUAGGCACAGUUGGUGGUUACUGGGGUAAUCACUCAAAGACAAUUGAUUGCGGCUCUGAAACUGCAUUCAAGGGGAUACCGAACACCACCAGCAAGUACAGAGAGGAUAAAAGUGUGAGUUGGCAUUCAACACCAUUUGAGGCAAGACUGGAGAAAGCUUUGAACAGAGAUAAAUAAUGGUGCAGCACUCAUUUUAACACUUGGCGACAUAAUAGAUUGAGUUAGGGAGCUUGAAGGUUCUCUUGGGAAGAGGACAACCUGCGAAACUGCUCCAUUGGUCUCCCAUCACUCCCCAGACUCUGUAACCAAGACUCGUUAGCCAUGUCCUCUUCUCUGACUUGUACUGUUUUACUUCCUUUUGCUCAUCUUCUAGCCCCCUGCAUUGUUCAGUUUUCUUGUUAGAGUAAACCAGAAUAACUAGAGGGGUGUAUAAAAUUUGUUUUGUGCUCACUUGAAGUGAAAUGAAAACUACUCAGGUAUUUAAGUAAUGGAGAAACUUGGCUUUUCACUCAA